CUGCGGGGAGCGGGCCUUUCUAGCCUGCCCUCUCGUUCUCUCUUUAGCAACAUGGCGGGCGUGGAGGCGGCGCAGGCGGCGGCCGCAGAGAGGCACCUGAACGGCGAGCUGGAGCCGGACGACAAGGACGACGGCGCGGCCGCCACGGCUGAGGAAACGGCCAAGAAGAAGUGCCGCAAGAAGAAGAAGGGCAAGGCCGGAACCGCAGGACAACAGGAAAUGGAGGGAGAAUCGGGGACUUCUAUCAAUGAGGUAGUCAAACAGCUGGAAAAACAGGCCCUGGAGGACAAAGAAAAAGAGGAUGAUGAUGAAGAUGGAGAUGGAGAUGGAGAUGGAGCAGCUGGAAAGAAAAAGAAAAAGAAGAAAAAGAAGAAAGGACCGAAGGUACUGCCACCCUCAGUGCCCAUAUGUGACCUGUAUCCCAGUGGUGUGUUUCCAAAGGGCCAAGAGUGCGAGUACCCCUCAACACAAGAUGGGCGAACAGCAGCUUGGAGAAGCACAAAUGAAGAAAAGAAAGCGCUAGACCAAGCCAGUGAGGAAAUCUGGAAUGAUUUUCGGGAAGCUGCCGAGGCACACCGACAAGUAAGGAAGUAUGUGAUGAGCUGGAUCAAGCCUGGGAUGACCAUGAUCGAGAUCUGUGAAAAACUGGAAGAUUGUUCCCAUAAGCUAAUAAAAGAGAAUGGCCUAAAUGCAGGACUUGCCUUCCCUACAGGCUGCUCCCUCAAUAACUGUGCAGCCCAUUACACUCCCAAUGCUGGAGACCCCACAGUCUUGCAAUAUGAUGAUAUCUGCAAGAUAGAUUUUGGAACACACAUCAGUGGUAGGAUUAUUGAUUGUGCUUUUACUGUCACUUUCAACCCCAAAUAUGACACAUUGUUAAAGGCUGUAAAAGAUGCUACUAAUACUGGAAUAAAGUGUGCUGGAAUUGAUGUUCGCCUUUGUGAUGUUGGUGAGGCCAUUCAGGAAGUUAUGGAAUCUUAUGAGGUUGAAAUUGAUGGCAAAACAUAUCAAGUGAAACCCAUUCGAAAUCUUAACGGGCAUUCAAUUGGGCCAUAUAGAAUACAUGCUGGGAAAACGGUGCCCAUUGUCAAAGGAGGAGAAGCAACAAGAAUGGAGGAAGGAGAAGUAUAUGCCAUAGAGACCUUUGGCAGUACAGGGAAAGGUGUGGUACAUGACGAUAUGGAAUGUUCGCAUUAUAUGAAAAAUUUUGAUGUUGGACAUGUGCCAAUAAGACUUCCAAGAGCAAAACAUUUGUUAAAUGUCAUCAAUGAAAACUUUGGUACUCUGGCCUUCUGCCGCAGGUGGCUAGAUCGCCUAGGAGAAAGCAAAUACCUGAUGGCUCUCAAGAAUCUGUGUGACUUGGGCAUUGUGGAUCCCUAUCCUCCCUUAUGUGACAUCAAAGGCUCCUACACAGCACAAUUUGAGCACACCAUCCUCUUACGCCCAACAUGCAAAGAAGUUGUCAGCAGAGGAGACGACUAUUAAACGUAACCCGAGGCCACUUCAGCCGCUUUGUAUUCUGGGCUUUGUUGGGUGUGCAACAUAUUGUCUGUUUUUAACAGUGGACCUCUGUAAUACUUUCCCAUGUGUGAAAAGGAAGGAAUUCAGUCAAAGGCAAGUCU